CUGGACGGUAGCCGGCUGUAGUAACGGACUCUGUCUUUGUGUUCAUCAGAAUCAGCGGGGCGGUGACUGAUGGAUCCACUGGCUGAAGCUUAAGAGGAGACAAAGACAGAAGAGGACAGGCAGGAAGACAGGCAGGAAGACAGGCGGUCAGACAGGAAGACAGACAGACAGACGGUCAGAGAGACGCUAUGAUUGGAGACGGGCGCCGCUGGACCGGCAGCCUCGAGCUGAGGUAGCCCAGUGCUGAGGUGAGGCAGCUUGUGAUUGGUGGUUACCAUGGUACCCAGGCCGUCAUCAGGGGAGCUAUGGGGGCUCCACUUGAUGCCCCCCCGCAUCCAGGUGGACUGCUGCCUACCCAACGGGAUGAUGGUGAGUCUGGAGUGUCUCAGGGAAACUCCUCUCAUCAGCAUCAAGCAGCAGCUCUUCACUGAGGCCAGAAAGUACCCGCUCUACCACCUGCUGCAGGAGGAGUCAAGCUACAUCUUUGUGGGCGUGACCCAGGAGGCGGAGAGGGAGGAGUUUUACGAUGAGACUAGGCGGCUAUGCGACCUGCGACUGUUUCAUCCCAUCCUGAAGGUCAUCGAACCGCUCGGCAACCGGGAGGAGAAGAUCCUGAACCGUGAGAUAGGAUUUGCCAUCGGGAUGCCGGUCUGUGAGUUUGAAAUGAUGAAGGACCCGGAGAUUCAGGACUUCCGCCGCUCCAUACUGAGCGUGUGCAGAGAGGCCAUGGAGGAGAGGGAAGGGGGAGGGGCCCACAGCCAAGCGCUCUACGUUUACCCCCCCAAUGUGGAAUCCAGCCCCCAACUCCCACAGCACAUCUACAGCAAGCUGGACAAAGGGAGGUUGAUUGUUACCAUCUGGGUGAUCGUGUCUCCGUCGAACUCCAAACAGAAAUACACCCUAAAGGUGAGUCACGACAGUUUACCUGAGCAGCUGAUAGCAGAGUCCAUCAGGAAGAAAAGCCGAUCGAUGCAUCUCUCACCUCAACAGCUCCGCCUCUGUGUCCAGGAGUACCAGGGACAGUACAUCCUGAAGGUGUGUGGCUGUGACGAGUACCUGUUGGAGAAAUAUCCUCUCAGUCAGUACAAGUAUAUCCGCUCCUGUAUCAUUGUGGGUCGUCUUCCUCACCUGAUGCUGGUCUCCAAAGACAGUCUCUACUCUCAGCUACCUGCCUCUGGCUUUGUCACGCCUUCAUACAGUCGGCGGACUCCUCAGCCGUCUCCGUGUCCAGGAGGAGGUGAUGGUUCUCCUUCUCGCUCUCUGUGGGCCUUCAACACACUGCUGAGGGUCCGACUGCUCUGUGCCACCUACGUCAACGUCAACAUCAGAGAUAUCGACAAGAUCUAUGUGAGGACCGGGAUCUAUCACGGCGGAGAGCCGCUCUGUGACAACGUCAACACUCAGAGAGUCCCCUGCUCCAACCCCAGGUGGAACGAGUGGCUGACCUACGACAUCUACAUGGCUGACCUCCCUCGCUCAGCCAGACUCUGCCUGUCUAUCUGCUCUGUGAAGGGAAGGAAAGGAGCCAAGGAGGAGCACUGUCCUCUGGCCUGGGGAAACGUUAACCUAUUUGACUACACUGACAUUCUGGUUUCGGGUAAAGUGGCUCUGAGUCUUUGGCCCGUCCCUCAUGGUCUCGAGGACCUCCUGAAUCCCAUCGGAGUCGCUGGUUCAAAUCCCAACAAGGAGACUCCCUGUGUUGAGCUGGAGUUCUCCUGGUUUAAUCAGACUGUCAUGUUUCCUGAUGAGCAGCAGAUAGAAGAACACGCUAACUGGACCAUCAGCAGGGAGCUGGGCUACAACUACUGCCACGGACUGAGCAGUCGUCUGGCCUGUGACAGCAGUGUUUCACCAGGUGAUGCAGAGCAGCUUCGCUGUCUUUGCUCUAGAGAUCCUCUCUACGAGCUCUCAGAGCAGGAGAAGGACUUCCUCUGGAGACACAGACAUUACUGUGUAAACAUCCCAGAGUCUCUUCCUAAGCUGCUUUUGUCUGUCAAAUGGAACUCCAGAGACGAAGUGUCCCAGAUGUACUGUUUGUUGAAGGAGUGGCCCCUGAUGGAGCCUGAGUCGGCUCUGGAGUUGUUGGACUGUAACUUUCCUGAUCCGAUGGUCAGAGAGUUCGCUCUGCGCUGCCUGGUGCAAGGCCUGACGGACGACAAGCUGUCGCAGUACCUGCUGCAGCUCGUACAGGUGUUAAAAUAUGAGAUGUAUCUGGACAAUCCUCUGGCUCGUUUCCUGAUUAAGAAAGCUCUGACCAAUCAGAGGAUAGGACACUUCUUCUUCUGGCAUCUCAAGUCAGAGAUGCACAAUAAGACCGUGUCCCGGCGCUUCGGCCUGCUGCUGGAAGCUUUCUGCAGAGCCUGCGGCAUGUACCUGAAACACCUGAACAGACAGGUGGAGGCCAUGGAUAAACUGGUGAAUCUGACCGACACACUGAAACAAGAGAAAAAGGACGAAACACAGAAAACUCAGAUGAAGUUCCUGGUAGAACAUAUGUCUCGUCCUGAUUACAUGGAGGCUCUUCAGGGAUUUGUCUCUCCUCUGAACCCUGUUCACCAGCUGGGAAACCUCAGGCUGGAGGAGUGCAGGAUCAUGUCCUCGGCGAAGCGCCCCCUGUGGUUGAACUGGGAGAACCCCGACAUCAUGUCCGAGCUGCUCUUCACCAACAACGAGAUCAUCUUCAAGAACGGAGAUGACCUGCGCCAGGACAUGCUCACUCUGCAGAUCAUCAAGAUCAUGGAGAACAUCUGGCAGAACCAGGGCCUGGACCUGCGCAUGCUGCCGUACGGCUGCCUGUCCAUCGGGGACUGUGUGGGUCUGAUCGAGGUGGUGAAGAACAGUUUCACCAUCAUGCAGAUUCAGUGUAAGGGAGGUUUGAAGGGGGCACUGCAGUUCAACUCCAACACCCUGCACCACUGGAUCAAGGACAAGAACAGAGGAGAGGCGUAUGACCGGGCCAUCGACCUGUUCACCAGGUCAUGUGCAGGUUACUGCGUAGCAACGUUCAUCCUGGGAAUCGGAGACCGACACAACUCCAACAUCAUGGUGAAGGAGAACGGACAGCUGUUCCACAUCGACUUUGGCCACUUCCUGGAUCACAAGAAGAAGAAGUUUGGGUACAAGAGGGAGCGAGUACCCUUUGUCCUGACCCAGGACUUCCUCAUCGUCAUCAGUAAAGGAGUCCAGGAGUCCACCAAGACCAAGGAGUUUGAGAGGUUCCAGGAGAUGUGUUAUAAAGCCUACCUGGCCAUCCGGCAGCACGCCAGCCUCUUCAUCAACCUGUUCUCCCUCCUGCUGGGCUGCGGGAUGCCCGAACUGCAGAGCUUCGACGACAUCGCCUACCUGAGGAAGACCCUGGCCCUGGAGAAGAGCCAGCAGGAGGCGUUGGAGUAUUUCACCAAACAGAUGAACGACGCUCAUCACGGAGGCUGGAGCACCAAGAUGGACUGGAUCUUCCACACCAUCAGACACAUGCCCAACGAACACUGAUACAAACUUUAUAUAUAUACAUAUAAACACAUGUAGUAUGUACACUGCUCAGAAACAUUAAGGGACACUUAACCAUCACCGAGUAACAUCAAGUCAGUUAAACCUCAGGAGAUCAAUCUGUCUGCCUGCAACAUCAUCCAGCAGGACCGCUUUGGCGGUGAUGGUCUGGGGAGGCAUACCUUUGGAUGGUCGCAAAGACCUCAACGUGCUGCUGUUGGGAGACACUUUCAGACCUUAGGUCCUGGUCAACGUGCUGCUGUUGGGAGACACUUUCAGACCUUAGGUCCUGGUCAACGUGCUGCUGUUGGGAGACACUUUCAGACCUUAGGUCCUGGUCAACGUGCUGCUGUUGGGAGACACUUUCAGACCUUAGGUCCUGGUCAACGUGCUGCUGUUGGGAGACACUUUCAGACCUUAGGUCCUGGUCAACGUGCUGCUGUUGGGAGACACUUUCAGACCUUAGGUCCUGGUCAACGUGCUGCUGUUGGGAGACACUUUCAGACCUUAGGUCCUGGUCAACGUGCUGCUGUUGGGAGACACUUUCAGACCUUAGGUCCUGGUCAACGUGCUGCUGUUGGGAGACACUUUCAGACCUUAGGUCCUGGUCAACGUGCUGCUGUUGGGAGACACUUUCAGACCUUAGGUCCUGGUCAACGUGCUGCUGUUGGGAGACACUUUCAGACCCUACCCUGGUGCAGUGGGUCCGGGGUUCCUCCUGGUGCAGGACAGUGUCUGGCCUCAUUAAUGCCAUUGACUGGCCCUCACGUUCCCCAGACCUGAACCUCUGGCACGUUAUGUAUCGGUGCAUCCCACAUCACCAAGUACCACCGCAGACUGUCCAGGAACUUACUGAUGCCCUGAUCCAGGUCUGGGAGGAGAUCCACCAGGACACCAUCCACGGUCUCAUGACCACGACGUUAUUGGCAGUAGAACCAGCCACUGGGAGGCCGAACACACUGCCGAGUCACAUGAUGAUGAUGAAAGUCUUCAGCUCGGAUCAGCCUGUGGUUUCAGUUUUUUACUUAACCCAGCCCUGAGUCGCUUGGUGAAUUUUCAUUUUGUUGUUUAAGUACGCAGUGUACACUGAUCCGUUCAUCGAGUGUUCCCUUCAGGUUAUUGAGCAGUGUAGAAACACAACACUAUAAAUACAACAUAUACUGUAUACUCUAACGCACACACUGUGUGUUCACUGCACUACGAUGAGGAUGGAAGUGUCUGAAUGGGAUGGUUGUCAUAGCAACAGGAAUCUCAGGGUCACAGGUCAGAGGGCAGGUUGAGGAAGCCAAAGGCAUGCUGGGAAAAGACGAUGAUGAUGAUGAUGAUGUCGUAAAUGUCUUCCAGUCGGUGCUACAGUUAGCCUGUUAGCUUUGCUAGCUGCUCUGAAAACAGACAGAUUUUUAAAGGAAACAAACUUUAUUGUUGAGGCGAACAUUUGAAUCAAACUUUAUUGAGAAGUAACUUUAUGAACCGACGGUUGUUGGUAGAAUUUGAACAAAGCCAGCUUUAUUGAAAACCAGCAAAGUGAACACUGGUCACUGUGAGAGCAAUAAAACCUCACAUAACUGAUCAAUACUUUGAUUAUGACAAUCAGGAGUUCUGACCAAUAGGAAGGCAGAGCUCACCAGCUGUGGGCGGAGUCAUGGUGAUCAAGAACAAACGAACCAAUCAUGUUUAACAGGUUCAGACGGACUCCAGAACAGCCAAUAGUCUGCAGUUCAAACAAACAGUAAUAUCAUGAUAUCCAGUCCAGAUAAUUUAAUAUAUAUCAGUUAUUGAUCGUUUUCUCUCAAAGUAUUCUGCUUUUAUUUAUAUGGCACCUUUAUUUUUAGA